CUUGCUUCUUUUUUAACAACUGUCGAACAAGAAAUAUCUCUUUCUCUUUCUAUGUGAAAUCGCAGAGUUGAUUGAUUUCGGAGCGGAAGACGAUUUGAGAAGAUGUUGGAAGAUCAGGUUGCUUAUUUGUUGCAGAGAUAUUUGGGGAACUAUGUUAGAGGACUCAACAAAGAAGCCCUCAAGAUCAGUGUCUGGCAAGGUGAUGUUGAACUAUCAAAUAUGCAACUGAAACCGGAGGCACUUAAUGCAUUGAAGUUACCUGUGAAGGUUAAGGCAGGUUUUCUUGGAUCAGUGAAGCUUAAGGUUCCAUGGAGCAGGCUUGGCCAAGAUCCUGUUUUGGUUUACCUGGAUCGUAUUUUUUUAUUAGCUGAGCCUGCAACCCAGGUUGAGGGAUCUAGUGAAGAUGCUGUACAAGAAGUUAAGAAGAGCCGGAUACAAGAAAUGGAAAUGAAGCUGCUGGAAGCUCAACAAAUUCUGAAUACAGAAAUGAAUAAGUCUUGGCUUGGAUCUUUAAUCAAUACGGUGAUUGGGAAUUUAAAGCUUUCUAUAUCAAACGUUCACAUCAGAUACGAGGAUCUUGAGAGUAAUCCAGGCCAUCCAUUUGCAGUUGGUGUGACCCUAGAUAAACUUUCAGCAUUCACAGUUGAUGAUAAAGGGGAGGAGACUUUUAUAACUGGAGGGGCAUUGGAGCGAAUCCAGAAGUCGGUGGAACUUGAUCGAAUGGCUCUUUAUUUGGAUUCUGAUAUCAGUCCUUGGUAUGUCAAAAAACCGUGGGAGGAUUUGCUACCAUCUGAGUGGGGACAGAUUUUCAAAUAUGGUACAGAAAGUGGGAAACCUGCAACUGGUAAGCUUGAGUCGCACUCUUAUGUUUUGCAACCAGUAAGUGGGAAUGCAAAGUAUUCAAAAGAUCGGCCAGAUGCAUCUGGAAGCAAAGGUCAACCACUACAGAAAGCUGCAGUAAAUCUUGAUGAUGUGAUUCUGUGCUUGUCAAAGAAUGGUUAUCGAGAUUUGUUAAAAUUAGCUGAUAAUUUCACAGCCUUUAACCAGAGACUAAAAUAUGCUCACUAUCGCCCACGGGUUUCUGUUAAAACUGAUCCGAAAUCUUGGUGGAAGUAUGCAGGCAGAGCAAUUUCAGAUCAAAUGAAGAAAGCCAGUGGAAAAAUGUCGUGGGAGCAAGUUUUGCGAUAUGCAAGAUUACGUAAGAAAUACAUCUCUCUUUAUGCUGCGUUGCUCAAAUCAGAUCUUGACCGCUCUGUGGUUGAUGACAAUGAAGACAUAGAGGAACUUGAUCGGGAACUUGAUAUUGAGGUCAUUAUUCAGUGGAGGAUGUUGGCCCACAAAUUUGUAGAACAAUCGGUUGGAUCAGAACUCUACAUAAAAAAACAAAAACCACAAAAAUCAUGGUGGCCAUUUGGAGGGACCAGCGAACCUGUGAAAGAUGGAAAUGAACCUGGGACUCUAUCUGAGGAAGAUUGGAAGAGGUUGAAUGCUAUUAUUGGUUAUAAGGAAGGCGACGAUGAACAAUUAUCGACCCAUGACAAGGGAGACUUGCCAUAUAUGUCACUGAAGUUUCACAUGAAACAUAAUGCAUCAAAGCUAACUGACUCUCAAGAGUGCCUUGCUGACUUAUCUUGUGAUAAUCUUGAGUGUUGGAUAAAACUUUAUUCAGAAUCCAAAAUUGUCAACAUAAAAUUGGGAUCGUACAGAUUAUUGUCCCCAAAUGGUCUUCUUGCUGAGAGUGAAAGUGCUUCUGAUUCAUUAGUUGCUGUCUUCUGCUAUAAGCCUCUUGAUGCGGAUGUAGACUGGAGCGUGGUUGCUAAAGCUUCACCAUGUUAUGUGACAUAUUUAAAGGAUUCCAUCCAUCAAAUCAUUGACUUCUUUCAAAGUAGUCCUACUGUCAGUCAGACUUUAGUUCGUGAAACCGCUUCCGCAGUGCAGAUGACCAUUGACGAGGUAAAGCGCACAGCAGCCAAACAAGUGGACAGGGUAUUGAAGGACCGGGCCAGGUUUUUCUUGGAUUUGGAUGUUGCGGCACCCAAAAUUACCAUUCCUACCGACUUUUAUCCUGAUAGUGUCCACCCUACUAAACUUCUGAUUGACUUGGGAAAAUUAGUGAUUCGUUCUAAGGAUGACGCUGAAUAUGCUUCACCUGAAGAGAUGAACAUUUACUCCCAAUUUGAUCUUGUCUUGAGAGAUGUAUCAGCUUUCUUAGUUGAUGGUGACUAUAGAUGGAGCCAAGAUUCUCCUGAUCGAACUGAUACUUCAUCCAAGCGUAGCUUUAUCAGUUUCCUACCAGUUAUUGACAAGUGUGGAGUAUCAGUAAAGCUUCAACAGAUUAGAUCACCAGUUGCCUCUUUCCCCUCAACAAGACUUGCUGUGCGGGUACCCUCCAUGGGGUUUCAUUUUUCUCCAUCUCGUUAUCAUCGUUUAAUGCAAAUAGCUAAGAUUUUUCAAGGGAAGCAAGAGGACCAUCCUGAUCUUGUCUGUCCCUGGGAUGAAGCUGAUUUUGCAGGCUGGCUGUAUCAGCUUACACGGAAGGGUGUAGGAGGUAGAGAAGCUGUAUGGCAGCAGAGAUAUUUUUGUAUAGUUGGACCUUUUCUGUAUGUCCUAGAAAAUCCAGAGUCGAGAAAUUAUAAACAAUACUUCAGUCUACGAGGUAAGCAUUUAUAUCAAGUUCCUGCUGAUUGUCUUGGAAAUGAGGAACACAUGUUGGCUGUUUGUGAUGGUGAGCGCUCCGCCGUCAAGGUGGUGGAAGAUCCAAAUGCUCUGAUUUUGCGUUGCGACUCCGAAAAUUCAAGGACAACUUGGCAAACCAACCUCCAAGGAGCCAUUUAUCGUGCCUCGGGAACUACUCCUAUAGCUGGUCUGAUUGAAAACUUGUCAGAUUCAGAAGACUCUGAAAUUGACAAUCGUGAUUCUACAGAUUCAUCAACGACAGAGAAAUUGUUUUUGACUGGUGUACUGGAUGAGUUGAAGAUAAGUUUCAGUUACAGUAACCUGCAUGAUCAGAGUUUUAUGAAGAUGCUUCUUGCGGAAGAAAAACGUUUGCUUGAGUUUCGAGCAAUUGGUGGACAGGUUGAACUGUCAAUUCGAUCGGAUGAUAUUUUCAUUGGCACCGUCCUUAGAGCUUUGGAGAUAGAAGAUUUGGUUUGCUGCAAGGUGAAAUCUCAGACACGUUACAUAGCAAGAUCAUUCAUCAGGAAUUCAGAUGCACCUUCAAUAUUACACAGUUCUGAUAGUCUAACUCAAGCCAGUAAUAACCUUACCCAAUAUGAAGGAGAUGAUGAGUUUUAUGAGGUGUCUGAGAAUCUUAAUGAGUCAGUUGGUGGCCCCGAGUCACUAGGUGAUGAAAUGGAGUAUAUGAGUUCUCAAAUUACCACCGAUUCAGGUAGCUUGGAGUUGAAGGCCCCAAGUUUUUUGCGUGUUGCUGGUAUACUGCCUUCUGACGUUACUCCUCUGGAAUCUGGUCAGAUAGGAGUUACUGAUGCAUUGGACAGUUUUGUGAAAGCUCAAAUAAUUAUUUUCGACCAGAACUCACCACUUUAUUCCAAUGUUGAUAAACAUGUCGCAGUCACACUCUCUACCUUAUCCUUUUACUGUCGUAGGCCUACUAUACUAGCCAUUAUGGAAUUUGUAAAUGCUAUCAACAUCCAGGAGGAAAACUCUGAACCUUCUAGUGAUACUUCGUCAAUUGUUGCAUCGCAUGGUACAUCGAAGGAAAUCAUGAACGACGGUCCGCCCUCAGCUCCAGUGGAAGAGCCUAUAGUAAAAUCUUUGCUUGGAAAAGGGAAAUCCAGAGUGAUUUUCCAUUUGCUGUUGAAUAUGGCUCGCGCUGAGAUAUUUUUGAUGAAGGAAAAUGACUCUAAACUUGCUACGUUGGCACAAGAUAAUUUUGUUACGGAUAUUAAGGUCUUCCCGUCAUCUUUUAGUGUAAAAGCCUCCCUUGGGAACCUUAGAAUAAGUGAUGACAGUCUUCAUAGCAGUCAUAUGUAUUUCUGGGCCUGUGAUAUGAGGAAUCCUGUUGUUUCUCUCUUGCUCAGUCUAUCUGCCUCUUGUCCUGUCUUUGCUAACAUGUCUUUGCUUACAUUGGUAUUUUGUUCAUUCAAUGCUGAUGAUGAAGACUAUAAAGGAUACGAGUACAGCCUCGUUGGCCAACUAUCUGAAGUUGUCGGCUACUUUAUGGGUCUUGUUCCUAGCAAUUCCAAAGAUGUUAUCCAAAUAAGAGAUCAGAUGACAAACUCGGGGAAAUGGAGCCAAGAUUCUCCUGAUCGAACUGAUACUUCAUCCAAGCGUAGCUUUAUCAGUUUCCUACCAGUUAUUGACAAGUGUGGAGUAUCAGUAAAGCUUCAACAGAUUAGAUCACCAGUUGCCUCUUUCCCCUCAACAAGACUUGCUGUGCGGGUACCCUCCAUGGGGUUUCAUUUUUCUCCAUCUCGUUAUCAUCGUUUAAUGCAAAUAGCUAAGAUUUUUCAAGGGAAGCAAGAGGACCAUCCUGAUCUUGUCUGUCCCUGGGAUGAAGCUGAUUUUGCAGGCUGGCUGUAUCAGCUUACACGGAAGGGUGUAGGAGGUAGAGAAGCUGUAUGGCAGCAGAGAUAUUUUUGUAUAGUUGGACCUUUUCUGUAUGUCCUAGAAAAUCCAGAGUCGAGAAAUUAUAAACAAUACUUCAGUCUACGAGGUAAGCAUUUAUAUCAAGUUCCUGCUGAUUGUCUUGGAAAUGAGGAACACGUGUUGGCUGUUUGUGAUGGUGAGCGCUCCGCCGUCAAGGUGGUGGAAGAUCCAAAUGCUCUGAUUUUGCGUUGCGACUCCGAAAAUUCAAGGACAACUUGGCAAACCAACCUCCAAGGAGCCAUUUAUCGUGCCUCGGGAACUACUCCUAUAGCUGGUCUGAUUGAAAACUUGUCAGAUUCAGAAGACUCUGAAAUUGACAAUCGUGAUUCUACAGAUUCAUCAACGACAGAGAAAUUGUUUUUGACUGGUGUACUGGAUGAGUUGAAGAUAAGUUUCAGUUACAGUAACCUGCAUGAUCAGAGUUUUAUGAAGAUGCUUCUUGCGGAAGAAAAACGUUUGCUUGAGUUUCGAGCAAUUGGUGGACAGGUUGAACUGUCAAUUCGAUCGGAUGAUAUUUUCAUUGGCACAGUCCUUAGAGCUUUGGAGAUAGAAGAUUUGGUUUGCUGCAAGGUGAAAUCUCAGACACGUUACAUAGCAAGAUCAUUCAUCAGGAAUUCAGAUGCACCUUCAAUAUUACACAGUUCUGAUAGUCUAACUCAAGCCAGUAAUAACCUUACCCAAUAUGAAGGAGAUGAUGAGUUUUAUGAGGUGUCUGAGAAUCUUAAUGAGUCAGUUGGUGGCCCCGAGUCACUAGGUGAUGAAAUGGAGUAUAUGAGUUCUCAAAUUACCACCGAUUCAGGUAGCUUGGAGUUGAAGGCCCCAAGUUUUUUGCGUGUUGCUGGUAUACUGCCUUCUGACGUUACUCCUCUGGAAUCUGGUCAGAUAGGAGUUACUGAUGCAUUGGACAGUUUUGUGAAAGCUCAAAUAAUUAUUUUCGACCAGAACUCACCACUUUAUUCCAAUGUUGAUAAACAUGUCGCAGUCACACUCUCUACCUUAUCCUUUUACUGUCGUAGGCCUAGUAUACUAGCCAUUAUGGAAUUUGUAAAUGCUAUCAACAUCCAGGAGGAAAACUCUGAACCUUCUAGUGAUACUUCGUCAAUUGUUGCAUCGCAUGGUACAUCGAAGGAAAUCAUGAACGACGGUCCGCCCUCAGCUCCAGUGGAAGAGCCUAUAGUAAAAUCUUUGCUUGGAAAAGGGAAAUCCAGAGUGAUUUUUCAUUUGCUGUUGAAUAUGGCUCGCGCUGAGAUAUUUUUGAUGAAGGAAAAUGACUCUAAACUUGCUACGUUGGCACAAGAUAAUUUUGUUACGGAUAUUAAGGUCUUCCCGUCAUCUUUUAGUGUAAAAGCCUCCCUUGGGAACCUUAGAAUAAGUGAUGACAGUCUUCAUAGCAGUCAUAUGUAUUUCUGGGCCUGUGAUAUGAGGAAUCCUGGUGGGAAUUCAUUUGUGGAGUUGGUAUUUUGUUCAUUCAAUGCUGAUGAUGAAGACUAUAAAGGAUACGAGUACAGCCUCGUUGGCCAACUAUCUGAAGUUCGAGUUGUCUAUUUGAAUCGCUUUCUUCAAGAGGUUGUCGGCUACUUUAUGGGUCUUGUUCCUAGCAAUUCCAAAGAUGUUAUCCAAAUAAGAGAUCAGAUGACAAACUCGGGGAAGUGGCUUACAAGAAGUGAAAUUGAAGGAUCGCCCGCAUUUCAGUUGGAUCUUUCACUUAAGAAGCCAAUCAUAUUAAUGCCUCAGAGAACAAAUAGCUUGGAUUACUUGAAACUUGAUGUUGUUCAAAUUACUGUUCGGAACACCUUUAGAUGGGCUGGUGGGAGCAAAAGUGAAAUCAAGGCAGUGCAUGUGGACAUUUUGGAAAUUCUUGUCGAUGAUAUCAACUUAAAUGUAGGUUCAGGAUCAGAACUGGGUGAAAGCAUAAUUCAAGACGUCAAGGGUGUUUCCUUUGUCAUUCAGAGAUCACUUCGUGACUUGUUGCAUCAAAUACCAAGUAUAGAAGUUUCUAUUAAGAUUGAAGAACUGAAAGCAGUUUUAACCAAUAAAGAGUAUGAAAUAAUCAUGGAAUGUGCACAAUCUAAUAUUUCAGAGACCCCAAAUUUUGUGCCUCCACUGAAAGAUGAAUCUCUGUCCCCUUCGAUUGAUAUGGCCAGACCAACUGAUAUUCAAGGUUUAGUUUCUGCUACAUCAGAAACUCAGGCAACGGACAAAUGGGUUGUGACUAAGAUUUCUGUCCACAUUGAUAUGAUUGAACUGUGUCUUCAUUAUGGCAUUACAAGGGAUGCAUCUCUUGCCACUCUACAGGUGAGUGGAGUCUGGCUCUCGUACAAAUCUAACACAGUCGGGGAGGGUUUUCUUUCUGCUACACUGAAGGAUUUGAUUGUUGUUGAUGAUCGUGAAGGUACAGAAAAGGAGCUCAGGUUGGCUAUUGGGAAGCCUGAUAUGGAUGGGUACAAUCUUUCAGAAUCUGUCCCUCAAAAUAUGGAUUAUAAUAGUGUUGAGAGAAAUCCUUUGUUGGACAGUGCGGGAAAGUACACCCCCGCAAUUCUAAUUCUUGAUGCCCAAUUCUAUGCAAAUUCAACGUUUAUCUCUUUGUGCAUUCAGAGGCCGCAAUUGCUUGUCGCACUUGAUUUUUUGCUUGCAAUUGCUGAGUUUUUUGUCCCAACAGUUCGUGGUGAAGGGUUAAAUGAUGAGAAUGCCGACUCUUCACAUUUUCUGGAUGCGUACAUACUUGACCAACCCAUUUUCUAUCAACCCUCGGCCGAAUUCUCAAUUUCGCCUCAAAAACCUUUGGUUGCUGAUGAUGAACAGUUUGACAUCUUUAUAUAUGACGGAAGAGGUGGAACUUUGUAUCUUAAAGACAGACAGGGAGUAAAUAUCUCACGUCCAAGUACCGAUGCUUUAGUUUAUGUCGGGAAUGGAAAGAAACUGCAAUUCAGAAAUGUGACAAUCAGUGUAAUUCCUCCGAUAUCUUAUCAAACUCUUCCUUUUCGUCUGAAUAUCUAAAAUAACAGUUCAACUGCAUCUGAUAUUUCUCGUCUAUCAUUGUUACAGAGUGGACCGUACUUGGAUUCAUGCAUUUUACUUGGAGCAAACAGUAGCUAUUCAGCAAAUGAGAACGAUAAUGUCUUUUUAGAGGGAGAAAGUGGAGGCUCUUCUGAUCACUCUUCAGGAAGAAAUACUAGUAGUGUGGCAUCUGAAACUGCUGUUUCUAGCAGAUCCAAAGAAUUGAUAUUUGAAUUGCAGGCUAUCGGUCCUGAGCUCACCUUCUACAAUAAAUCAAGAAAUGCAGGACAAGUCAUCCUCUCCAACAAACUUCUGCAUGCCCAGAUGGAUGCAUUCUGCAGGCUUGUUUUAAAUGGAAAUACUGUUGAAAUGAGUGCAGACGUUCUUGGUUUGACCAUGGAGAGCAACGGAAUCAAAAUUUUGGAGCCUUUUGAUGCAUCUAUAAAAUUCUUUAAUGCUUCUGGAAAGACAAGCAUGCAGUUCACUGUCUCAGAUAUAUUCAUGAAUUUUUCGUUCAGCAUAUUGAGACUAUUUUUGGCCGUUGAGGAAGAUAUUUUAUCAUUUUUAAGGACAUCAUCAAAAAAAUCAACUAUUUUAUGCUCUGAGUUUGACAGAAUCGGAACCAUUAAAAAUCCCGUCAGUGCCCAAGUGUAUGCAUUUUGGAGACCUCGUGCACCAACAGGUUUUGCCGUACUCGGUGACUAUCUGACUCCAAUAGAUAAACCACCGACAAAAGGUGUAAUUGCUGUUAAUACCAGCUUAAUACGAGUUAAGAGACCAACAUCAUUCACUCUGGUGUGGCCCCGUUCCUCUUCGGAUGAUGUGCUUGGGGCUGAAGGUGUAGGUACUAAUGAGUUGACUGGAGAUAAAGGUAUCUCUGAGAGAGACAGUAUGUGCUCGAUUUGGUUUCCUGAAGCCCCGAAAGGUUAUGUGGCUUUGGGUUGUGUGGCUUCUCCAGGAAUGACACAGCCUCCAGUUUCCUCAGUGUUUUGCAUCUUGGCAUCCUUAGUUUCUCCAUGUGGCCUGAGAGAUUGCAUCAGUAUUCAGUCAAGCUCUCAAUGCCCUAAUCUGGCAUUCUGGCGGGUGGACAAUGCUGUUGGAACAUUCCUUCCUGCUGAUCCUUCAACUCUGAGUUUGGCUCAAAAAGCAUAUGAGUUGCGGCAGUUGUACGGGUUUUGCGAAAUAUCUCCUGAUAAACUGAAGGGUUCAGAGAACCAAGCUUCUGCUACUGUUGGCGACGAAACUAUCCAGUCGGGGAGGUCAUCAAUUGUCAAUUCCAGACGGAGGUUUGAAGCUGUAGCUACCUUUCGGUUAGUAUGGUGGAAUCAAGGUUCUGGAUCAAGAAAGAGGUUAUCUAUCUGGCGUCCUGUAGUCCCUGAAGGAAUUGUGUAUUUCGGUGAUAUUGCGGUACAAGGUUACGAACCUCCGAAUACUUGCAUUGUUCUUCAAGACUCAGAAGAAUAUGAUCUGUAUAAAGCCCCUUUGGAUUUUCAACUUGUUGGACAUAUAAAAAAACAGAGAAAAACAGAUAGCAUAUCUUUCUGGAUGCCUCAGGCUCCACCAGGUUUUGUUACAUUAGGAUGUGUUGCUUGCAAAGGUGCGCCCAAACAAUCUGAUUUCAUCUCCUUAAGAUGCAUUCGUACUGAUAUGGUCUCAAUGGAUCAAUUCUUCGAUGAAAGUAUAUGGGACACAUCUGACAUCAAGUUCACAAGAGAACCGUUUAGCAUAUGGACGGUUGGCAAUGAAUUGGGAACCUUCCUUGUCUGGAAUGAUUUCAAAAGACCCCCUAAAAGAUUUGCUUUGAAGCUCAUUGGUCCAGACAUAUCAAGUGAUUCAGAUGACACUGUAAUUGACGCAGAAAUAAGUGCCUUCUCUGCUGCUCUUUUUGAUGACUAUGGUGGCUUGAUAGUCCCACUGUGUAAUGUAUCUUUGAGUGGCAUAGGGUUCAGCUUACGUGGAAGACCUGAUUUCUUGAAUUCCAAUGUGACCUUUUCCAUAUCUGCAAGGUCGUACAAUGAUAAGUAUGAUUCAUGGGAGCCUCUAAUUGAACCAGUUGAAGGAUCAUUGAGGUACCAAAAUAAUCCUAAUACUCCUGGUGUAGCUUCUGAGCUACGAAUUAUUUCUACACGAGAUCUGAAUUUCAAUGUGUCCGUUUCCAAUGCCAAUAUGAUUUUACAAGCCUAUGCAAGCUGGAACACUCUCAGCCACAUCCAGGAAACAUACGGGGAAUUAAAUUCUCAGACUAGUGAUGGCAGCUCUACGGUUGCUGUUCAUCAAAAAAGAAAUGAAUACAUUGUUCCCCAGAAUAAACUCGGGAAAGACAUUUUCAUCAAAGCUUCUGAAGUCAGAGGACUUCCUGACAUAAUCAAAAUGCCAGCAGGAGACCAAAAGGCACUGAAAGUUCUGCUUCCGAAGAAUAUGCUGGAUUCUCAUUUGAGAAGGAGUCUUCUUAAGAAACAGCGCCUGAUGGUAACCAUUAUUGUGGCCGAAGCAGAGCUUCUGAAGCUUGAGGGGUUAUCCUCCCAUGAGUACAGUGUUGCAGUCCGUGUUUAUGAAGAUGAGAGUCAACCUGGUCAAGCACAUCUAAACCAACAAAAUGCACGAACUUUCGGAACUGGAUCAGAUGGCUGUGAAUCUUCAGAAGUUGAAUAUGUGAAAUGGAAUGAAGUAUUUUUCUUCAGAGUUGAUUCAGUGGAUCGCUGCAUGGUGGAAUUUACUGUACGUGAGACUGGGAGAGGUGAGCCAGUUAGCUACUAUUCUUCUUCUUUGAAACAGCUGACUAGGUCUGAAGGCACCUCUGCUUCCCUUAACGAGUUUAUUUGGCUAGACUUAUCCACUGGAGAACCUGCGUUGGGUGUCAGCAGAAAAUUUGGUAGAAUCAGAUGUGCAGUGAUUUUGCCGCCUAGAUCUCCAACUGAAAACUUUGAAAAAUCUUUCGAUGAAUACAGAAAAUCUGGUUUGAUUCAGAUUAGCCCGACCAGAGAGGGACCAUGGACACCAUUGAGAUUGAACUAUGGUUCACCUGUUGCAUGUUGGCGAUUGGGCUAUGAUAUAGUCGCAAGUGAAGUGAGCAUACACGACGGAAACAAAUAUGUCAACAUCAGAUCUCUGGUAUCAGUUCGUAACAACGUUGACUUUGCUCUAGAUAUAUGCCUCAAGCUCAGAACUGCAGAUGGAGAUCCUAUGUCAAUAGCUGGUGAGAAAAACGAGUCCCGGUAUGACGGAAGUGAAUUCGCAACAGAUGAGCUAUUUGAAUCUCAGAAAUACAACGCCACUGUUGGUUGGUUACCGUGUACUAAAGUUGAGGAGGAAUUAUUUGGAUUCGGAUUGUCGACGGGCUGGGAAUGGGUUGAUGAGUGGCAUGUUGACAAUUCAUCUGUCAAUACAGUUGAUGGAUGGGUUUAUGCCCCAGAUUUUGAAAGUUUAAAGUGGCCAGAAUCUUAUAAUGCAUUAGAAUAUGUUAACUAUGCCAAGCAAAGGAGGUGGAUUAGGAACAGGAAACGGUUGGCUGAGAAUUCCGAAUCGCAGAUAGUUAUUGGUCCCUUAAAACCUGGUGAAACUAUAUCUCUUCCUGUGCGCUGCGUAGCUCAGUCUGCCUUAUAUUUCUUGCAUAUAAAACCUUCAAAUAUAGAAGUUGAUAAUCAGUAUUCAUGGAGUUCUGUAAUGGAUUUGCCUGCUCAGUCACAGGAUGGGGAGAGGUCAAAAGAAAAUUCUGAAAUUUGUGUUUCAGCUCUCACGGAAUUUGAGAAACUCUUAUAUUGCUCUGAAAUUAGUGGAAGCUCAUCAAGUACUUCACGCGGUAUGUGGUUUUGUGUGAGCACACAAGCAACUGAAAUUGCGAAGGACAUUCAUUUUGAUCCAGUACAGGAUUGGACAAUUAUGGUCAAAUCUCCUGUAUCAAUUUCCAAUGAUCUUCCUUUUAUGGCUGAAAUUUCUCUUCUUGAGAUGCAAGGCAGUGGCCAUUUUCAUUCUUGCUAUAGAGGGUUAUCUGGUCCUGGGGAGUGUGUCAAGGUGUACAAUGCUGACAUAAGAACUCCAUUGUAUUUAUCCUUGCUUCCCCAAAGAGGAUGGUUGCCACUACAUGAGGCUGUGGUUCUCGCCGAUGCUAGCAAUACACCUUCAAAGACAAUAAGCUUAAGAAGUGCAGUUUCUGGAAGGAUUGUUCAGAUCAUUCUAGAGCAAAACCAUAACAGUGGAAGGCCUCUACAACCAAAGAUCAUCAAAAUUUAUUCACCAUAUUGGCUCGGAAUUGCAAGAUGUCCUCCACUUAGUUUCAGGCUUGUCGAUGUUAGUGGUAGAAAGUUGAAGAAGAAUCCACUGUCUUUUCAUUCCAAAAAGAUCAAAGAAGUCAUCCUCGAAGAGAUUACUGACGAGGAGAUACUUGAAGGUUAUACAAUUGCAUCUGCAUUGAAUUUCAACUCUCUGGGUCUCUCUGCAUCUAUAUGUGAAUCUGGAGGAGAGCAGUUUGGCCCUGUUAAAGAUCUUUCUCCACUUGGGGACAUGGAUGGAUCCAUGGAUCUUUUUGCUUAUAAUGCUGAUGGCAAUUGUAUGCAACUCUUUGUAUCUUCAAAACCUUGCCCCUAUCAAUCUGUCCCGACAAAGGUAAUUUCUAUUCGACCAUUUAUGACAUUUACAAAUAGAGUUGGCCAAGAUAUAUUACUGAAGUUCAGCACUGAAGACGAACCUAAGACUUUGCGGGUGUCUGAUACAAGAGUCUCUUUUGUGCAUCGUAAAACAGAUGGACCUAAUGAAAUUCAGGUAAGGAUGUAUGAUACAGAUUGGUCAUUUCCUAUUCAAAUUUUGAAAGAGGACACCAUCACGCUUGCUUUAAAGAAAAAUGAUGGUACACGGAGGUUCUUAAGAACAGAAAUACGAGGUUAUGAGGAGGGUUCUCGGUUUAUAGUUGUAUUCCGCCUAGGAUCAACUAAUGGUCCUAUUAGGAUUGAGAAUAGAACAAGAGACAGUGCAAUAAGAUUCCGGCAAAUUGCGUUUGGUGAUGAUGCUUGGAUUCAGUUACCACCACUUUCAACGACAAACUUUUCAUGGGAGGAUCCAUAUGGUCAAACAGUGAUAGAUAUUGAAGUUGAUAGUGACAAUAAUGCUGGGGUCUACAAAUUUGACUUGAAUAAAGCUGGGCUUUUUUCUAUUGAUGACAGCUCCGGUUUGUUUCUCCAUAUUGUAAAUAUUGGUGAUAUUAAGGUUGUUAGGCUUGUUAACAUAGAUCCACUGCUUUCAAGAUCGAAAGAAGGAAGUGGGUCUAUACUGCUGGGGGGCUGUUGGGGAAAUUCUCCUAUACAGUCUAAGAUGCCAGAGCAAGGAUCUCCAUUAGAACUUAUAUUAGAGUUGGGCGUCGUUGGCAUUUCAAUUGUGGACCAUAAACCAAGAGAACUGGCCUACUUGUACAUGGAGAAAUUCUUCAUAUCCUAUUCUACUGGCUAUGAUGGUGGAACAACAAGCAGGUUCAAGCUAAUACUGGGUUACAUGCAGCUAGAUAACCAACUUCCUUUGACAGUGAUGCCUGUACUUCUGGCACCAGAACAAACUCCUGAUGUGCAUCAUCCAGUUUUCAAGAUGACUAUAACCGUACGCAAUGAAAACCUUGAUGGUCUCCAGAUCUACCCAUAUGUUUAUAUACGGGUGAUUGAUAAAAGUUGGAGGCUUAAUAUCCACGAGCCAAUCAUCUGGGCUUUGGUAGAUUUCUUCAACAAUCUACAAUUAGAUCGCAUUCCUCAAAAUUCUAGUGUCACUCAAGUUGAUCCCGAGCUACGUGUAGACUUGAUCGACAUAUCUGAGGUCAGGUUGAAGGUUUCUUUGGAGACUGCACCAGAUCAAAGACCACAUGGGCUUCUGGGUGUAUGGGGUCCCGUUCUUUCAGCUGUUGGGAACGCAUUUAAAAUUCAGGUUCAUCUUCGGAAAGUAACACACAAAGACAGAUUUCUGCGGAAGAGUUCUGUGAUUUCUGUCAUUGGGAACCGCAUAUGGAGAGAUCUGAUUCAUAAUCCAUUACAUUUAAUUUUUUCGGUUGAUGUACUUGGCAUGACAAGCUCCACCUUGGCUUCUCUUAGCAAAGGUUUUGCAGAGCUCUCAACUGAUGGUCAAUUUCUGCAGCUACGUUCGAAGCAGGUGUGGUCAAGAAGGAUUACCGGUGUUGGUGAUGGGAUUGUACAAGGAACCGAAGCUCUUGCUCAAGGUUUUGCUUUCGGAGUGUCAGGGGUUGUGAGGAAACCUAUGGAGAGUGCUAGACAAAAUGGUCUACUGGGCCUUGCUCAUGGGCUGGGACAAGCUUUCUUGGGUUUUUUUGUACAGCCAAUGAGUGGAGCCUUAGAUUUUUUCUCUUUGACUGUUGAUGGAAUUGGUGCAAGUUGCUCCAGGUGCUUAGAAAUUCUCAAUAACAAGAGAAAUUUCCAACGAGUACGAAAUCCACGGGCAUUUCAUGCUGACAACGUACUAAGAGAGUACUCUGAGAGGGAGGCACUCGGUCAGGUAUCACUUUACCUUGCGGAAGCAAGUCGGAGUUUUGGAUGUACCGAAAUUUUCAAAGAGCCAUCAAAAUAUGCCUGGUCAGAUUGCUAUGAAGAGCAUUUUGUGGUACCAUAUCAACGGAUUGUUUUAGUGACUAAUAGGAGGGUCAUGCUGCUGCAGUGUUUGGUCCCUGAUAGGAUGGACAGAAGGCCCUGCAAGAUAAUGUGGGAUGUGCCAUGGGCAGAUGUUAUGUCACUUGAAUUGGCCAAAGCUGGUUUACCCAUGCCUUCUCAUUUAAUCAUCCACCUGAAAACCUUUAAGAGGGGUGAGAGCUUUGUUCGGGUGAUCAAGUGUAAUACAGAAAAUUUGUUAGAUGAAAUUGAGCCGCAAGCAGUUAGAGUAUGCUCAGUGGUGUAUAAGAUGUGGAAGGCACACCAGAACGAUAAUAAACAGGUUCCUUCAAGCCAAAGGCAUGUAUCUUUUUCACGGAACAAAGUUGAUGCAAGGGAAUCUCAUAAACUGCACAGAGCCAUCAUCACAUCCACAGAAAUUUCAUCUUCAGGUUCUGUUUCCAACGAACGGAGAUUUAUCGAACAUAGUGUCAUUUUUUCUAAGAUUUGGAGCAGUGAGCGAGAAUCAAAAGGUCGAUGUACCUUGUGUCGGAAGCAGAGUUUGGACAGCGAAGAAAUUUGUAGUAUCUGGCGGCCGAUUUGCCCUGAUGGGUAUGUCUCAGUUGGGGAUAUAGCUCGUUCUGGCAUCCAUCCUCCCAAUGUUGCUGCUAUUUAUCGUAAAUCUGAUAAUUUGUUUGCCUUCCCAGUAGGCUACGACCUGGUCUGGAGAAACUGCUUAGAUGACUACAAAAGUCCUGUAUCGAUUUGGCAUCCACGUGCUCCAGAGGGAUUUGUCUCUCUUGGAUUUAUUGCUGUACCUGAUUUUGCAGAGCCAGAACUCGAAUCUGUGUACUGCAUUUCUGAAUCUGUUUGCGAAGAGACAACGUUCGAAGAGAAAAAGAUUUGGUCGGCAGCUGAGUCGUAUCCAUGGGCGUGUCAUAUUUACCAAACACAUAGUGAUGCUCUUCACUUGGUUGCUUUGAGACAUCCUCGUGAAGAGUCUGAUUGGAAGCCUAAAAGGGUUCUUGAUACCCUCCCACAACAAUUAUCCGAUGCCCGAUGAUUUUGCCUUCUUAUAAUUUCUGAGGGUUCAAGUUGCUCUUACUGCCAAGCUUGAGGAGAGAUCUAUCACUUAUUCAAUCUACUUUUUGGAAUGUGAGCGACGAACAAUCAUUACUUCAUUGGUGAUCUUUGUUGUGUUUUCAAAUCUAUUUUGAUUGUGGAUUUUAUUCAUUGAGAUGCUUCAUAAAAAUGCACGGCGAUGUACCCAAAUAGUUUGUGCUGAUUGAGUUGGGAUCAAACCUUGUACAUUUUGAUUUUGAUUUCCAGAUCUGUUAUGGAUUUAUCGAUCUUUGAUUUUGUUA